AUGAUAGGUACAAAAGAAUUAAUAGAAAGAACAGUUAAAAGCGUAAAAAAAAAAGAUAAAGAAUUAAUCAUUAAGGAAGCUUUAAACAAUGGUGAAGAAAUAGCAAUUAAAAACUUUUUCACUAUCAAGCGACAAACACCAAAAACAAAAGGUAGUAAACGCUGUGAUAAACACGAAAGAGAAAUAGAAAGUUUUCGUCGGGCAAAUAAAGGGAAAGGCAUUCAAGCUUACGCCAAAUCGGAAAUUUUUAAAAAAUUGGUUACUGACACUAGAAAUUGCAACAAUUGUAAAAUAAAAAAACAACAAAUAGCAAAAUCAGCCAAACCAACUACCCGAAUAACUUUGAAAACGAGCAAAAAUUUCUGA